AUGAAAGAUGAAACAUAUAGAAGAUUGUUAAACAGGAUAAUAAAAUCGAUCGAUCCAUUUUAUGAAACAAAAAAGUAUAAUGAUGUUGAUGAUCUUCUAGAAACAGCUGUUCAAAAAGUAUAAUCAUUAGUUAAAUAAAAAAAAAAAAAUAAAGAAAAUGAUGAAUUCUCUUUGAAUAGUUAAAAAGAACCAUUUAAUUUGGAAUUAUCUCAAAUAGUUUAAAAUUGA